AUGGGUUACUAUAGCAUAUUAAAUUACUAUUGUAAGAAAAUAUACCUUGUCGGAUCAGGGAAUUUCUGGGAUGAUUACCGCGAAAUAGGAGAUGACAGAAGUAUUGUAUAUAGAGUGUAUAGUACUGUCCUUUUUUCCAUUUAUGCGUUCGUGACUAUAUUAGAAAUAAUGGCGGCCAUGUUUGGAGAUUUUUCCGAAGACGAAGCGAGCGAUGCGGUGACAUUCGCAGUGAGUCACACUAUAGUGAUGAUAAAGCUGAUAUCAGUGAUCUAUAAUAAGCAGUUGGUGAGGUCAAUGAACCAGGACAUGGCAAAAGCAUGUGAAAAACAUGAAGACAAUGCACUGAUUUCGGAGACGUACAGAUCCGUAAAAAUAAAUGCUUUCGGCUAUUUCUCUGCUGUUUAUGGCUGUGCUGCUUGCUUUUGUUUUGAAGGUUACAGGAAAAUGAGAGCAGGGUCGCAUUUUGUGACAGUAGUCACGUACUACCCAAGCUCUGAGGAUGAUUCCUCAUUAGCAAAUUUAUUCAGAAUAUUCACCACCGUUGUCUUAUUCCUCAUGUUGAUGACUAUGUUUGUUACCGUGGAUUCCUUCACUAUGGCAUACCUGAUCAUGUUGAAAUAUAAAUAUAUAACUUUGAGACGCUUUUUUGAGAAGUUAAGGCAAGAAUUUGACAAAAUUAAUGAGACUGGUAAUACGAGGUUGGCGGCGGAGAAGUUAGCAAAUGGACUUGUCGAAGGCAUUACAAUGCAUCAAGAACUUUUGAAGCUGGGAAAAAAUAUUGAUCAGGCAUUUGGUACGGUGAUAGCGUUGCAACUUUGCCAAAGUUCAGGUUCGGCAGUAUCUCUUUUGCUACAAAUUGCCCUUUCAGACCAGCUGACUUUCGUCGCGAGCUUGAAGAUAAUUUUAUUUGUUCUUGGAUUAUCUUUUUUAUUGGCCCUAUUUCUUUGUAAUACUGGUGAAAUAACCUAUCAGGCGUCGUUAUUAACCGAUGCGAUAUUUUAUUGUGGUUGGCACGCCUGUCCGCCGUUACCACCACCACACCGCAACCACCAGCAGUUGGUAUUACAAGCGUGUGCGCAGGCUCUGCGGCCGCCCGUCAUGAAGGCCUUCAAAAUGGUCGAUUUGACUUAUGGAACUUUUUUGUCGGUGGUGAGAUUAACUUAUUCAGUGUUCGCUUUGUUUUAUGCGCAAAAUAAAUAA